AGGGCGCGCGCGACAGUGUGAGGAGUGGGGUGGAGCGUGUGUGGAGUGGGGGCCGCGGCCCGGGUCAGAGCCGCCGCGGACCACGAGUUGAGUGUAGAUUCUGGAGAAAUUUUGCCUCCGCUGGAGUCUGCACUGCGAGGCAGCAGAAUUGUGAGCUAGAGUGAAGCAGAAAUCUAGGAAUAUGACCUCCAUGAUGGCCAUGGGUGAACCAAGGCUGAACUGGGAUGUUUCCUCAAAAAAUGGCCUUAAGACAUUUUUCUCUCGAGAAAAUUAUAAAGACCAUUCCAUGGCUCCAAGUUUAAAAGAACUAUGUGUUUUAUCUAACAGACGUAUAGGAGAAAAUUUGAAUGCAUCAGCAAGUUCUGUAGAAAAUGAGCCGGCAGUUAGUUCAGCAACUCAAGCAAAGGAAAAAGUUAAAACCACAGUUGGAAUGGUUCUUCUUCCAAAACCAAGAGUUCCUUAUCCUCGUUUCUCUCGUUUCUCACAGAGAGAGCAGAGGAGUUAUGUGGACUUGUUGGUUAAAUACGCAAAAAUUCCUGCAAAUUCCAAAGCUGUUGGAAUAAAUAAAAAUGACUACUUGCAGUACUUGGAUAUGAAAAAACAUGUGAAUGAAGAAGUUACUGAAUUCCUAAAGUUUUUGCAGAAUUCUGCAAAGAAAUGUGCACAGGAUUAUAACAUGCUUUCUGAUGAUGCUCGUCUCUUCACGGAGAAUCAUCAAAGAGCUAAUAAGAUAGUGAGGAAUUACAGGGCUGAGAUACUAGAGAAGACCAGAAUCCAGAGAGCAUUCAAGGAAGUUAAAGCCAUGCUUGAAAAUUUCAAUGAGGAACUAGAAACUUUAAAAGAGAUAGUAGAUUUGAAAAAGAACUAA